CCCACCCCGGCGCUGCCGUUCCGUUGCACAGCAGCGCACCUUGGCGGCUGAGAUCCUGGCCAGCGCAACCUGGAAUCCAUCUCUGGAGAAAACAUCCUGACAGCUUGUCAGCAGGAAUCGAUCUGUCCGACAACCACUUGCAAUUCCAAUUCCAUUGCGGAUACGGGGCUAACGAGCGGUUUCUUUGGCGAGAAAACGACCUGCCGCCGAACCUGAAACGACGAAGAAUACCCGACGCAAGACAGAGAGACCCGACCCAUCAAUGCGAACAGUUACCUAGCAGCGUAACCCACCACUAAACCCCCCAAGCUCGAGCGCACCGCGACACAGCCCGCCAUGGCGCAAGUCUUCUUCGACCUCAUUUCCUCCUUCGGGAGCUGUCUCAACUGCUUCCCGAGCUCGCCAACGCUCAAAAUCAACAGCCGCAGCUUCAAGAUCCUGCGCCUGCUAGGCGAGGGCGGCUUCUCGUACGUCUACCUGGUGCAGGACACAUCCACCUCGGAGCUCUUCGCGCUCAAGAAGAUCCGGUGCCCGUUCGGGGCCGAGUCGGUCGCGCAGGCGAUGAAGGAGGUCGAGGCCUACAAGCUGUUCGCCCACAGCCCGGGCGUCAUCCACAGCGUCGACUACUCCAUCGCCACCGAGCGCGGCGGCGGCGACGAGUCCAAGACCGUCUACGUCCUGCUGCCCUACUACCGCCGCGGCAACCUGCAGGAUUUGAUCAACGCCAACCUGGUUAAUCAUACGCGGUUUCCCGAGAAGCGGCUGAUGUUGCUGUUUUUGGGCGUGUGUAGGGCGAUGAGGGAUAUGCAUCUGUACCGGGGUGGUGGGGAGGUGGGUGGUGGUGGGGGUGGGCCGGCGAGGGAGCGGAUGGAGAUGAGGGCGGAUGGGGUGGAUGAGCAUAUCAGGGCCAAGGGGACAAGGGCGGCGGAUGACGAGGACGAGACGGAACAGCAACGGUCGUUGCUGACCGAGGACGAGAGGAUGCCGGCUGCCGCGCCGGGGGCGACGAGGAGUUAUGCCCAUCGCGAUAUCAAGCCGGCCAACAUCAUGAUAUCCGACUCCGGCACGGAGCCCAUCAUAAUGGACCUGGGCUCCGUCGCGGUAUCCCCGCUCCCCAUCACCAGCCGGUCGCUGGCGAUCGCGACCCAGGACACGGCGGCCGAGCACAGCACGAUGCCGUACCGGGCGCCGGAGCUGUUCGACGUCAAGACGGGCACCGUCGUCGACACCAAGGUCGACAUCUGGUCGCUCGGCUGCACCCUGUACGCCUGCCUCGUCGGCAAGUCGCCCUUCGAGAUGCGCAGCGACGAGACCGGCGGCUCCCUCAGCAUCUGCGUCCUGUCGGGCGACUGGCGCUUUCCCGACGAGGGCCCCGGUGGCAAGCCCAAGUCUAAGGGGAAGGGCCCUGCGGCGGCGGCGGCCGCGGCGGCGGAGGACGAGACGAUUAGCGAGCCGAUCCGGGAGGUGGUUAGGGGGUGUUUGAAGGUGGAGCCGGCUGAGCGGCCGGACAUCGAUGAGUUGAUUGCGAUUGUGGAGCAGGUCGUGGAGGAGCUGCCCGAUGACGGCUCGGCUUGAAGGGAGGGAUUUGGUGGGUGGUCUCUAUUGUAUGUAUGGCGUGGGCAGGUUUGUGAUAUAGGCGGGCGUUGGGCGCCGGCAGGGACAUUUGGGCGGGCUUUAUCUGUAUCAUCAUGUUCUGUGGCCGCUGUGUUAGUCGCUCUGAAUUUAGCUGGUGUUGGUGCGGUCUGGGACUGGCGGUCGUUAUCAAUAUAGAAGGAUCAUACGGACUAGAUGCUGGGGCGUAAUGUGGUUCGAGGUGAUGGGUAUCAAGUCGAGCACACUCCCAACGUUCGAAUCCGAGUUCACUUGUUGAUGCCAGUCUCUCCG